AUGUCUGCUACCCAGCGACUGGAAUCUAAACACCAGACACUGGAGGAUGCUUACUCACCUCCAGCCAAUUUUCUUGAAAUCGACGUAUGUAGUCCCGAACUCCACGGUGAGGGGAAGAAUCGUUACGUUGACUACGAAGUUAAACUUCGAGUAAGUUGCCUAUUUAUCAUCUUAGUAUCCCAGACCAAUUUGCCAGUGUUUAGGCUAAAGGAGUCUUCUGUACGCCGUCGUUACAGCGAUUUUGAAUGGCUUCGAACUGAACUUGAUAGAGAAAGCAAGCCCGCUUCUACCAGUUCUACCGAAUCUUAUCCCACGUGCAGUUCUUCCUUGCCGCUGGACUUUUUCAUAAGUCCACUGAGCCCCGAGGACCCUAUACUGCAUUCAGUUAUAUUCGCUCUAAAUGGUGACAGUCUGGUUGAAUUUGGCCAGACGAGACCAGUCUAG